AUGGACGACAACGACGAGCUUGAGUCGUUCCGCCAACAAUGGCGUGAGGAGGUCACUCGUCGAUCAAGACCGAAGGCUACCCCUCCUGCGCCUGCGUCUCCGACUCCAACUGCCCCGCCUGCGGCUCGUCUUCCGCCCACACGCCAUGAGGCUUCCCACCGCAAAGAGAUCGAGGAGGAGGGUCCCCCGCUAGCUUCCUUCGAUCCAGAUGAGCUGGCCCAACAAGUCGGAGAGCUGAGCGUGCAAUCUACCGAGGAUGACUUCUUACGUCGGGAGGUAGCAGAACCGACUUCCGCACUGGAGCACUAUGAACGAGCGGUAGAGAAGGAGGCCGAAGGCAAUUUGGGAGACAGUCUCUCGCAUUACCGAAAAGCGUAUCGGCUAGAUUCCGCUGUCGAUAAGUCCUACCGGAAUAAGCACUAUGCCCAUGCAUGGAACAAGCCUAAUUUGCCCGCGUCCACGGCCCCUCUUGAUAUGACCCAGCAGACCGCCGAAGUGUCGAUUCUACCGACACCUGAACUCAUUGCGUCAUUUGCACACCUGCCAAUUUCACAACUGGAGCCCAUCGUCGAAAACACACCACCGCCCCCUUGCCCAAUUGCCAAUGUGCCGUCGGAAGUGCUAGUGGAAAUUCUGCGACAUGUGGCAAUAGAAGACCCAUCGGCAUUUGGUCGUAUGGCACUGGUCUGCAAGCGGAUGGCCUACCAUUUCGCCCAUGAGCAACACAUUUGGAGACGGAUAUGCCAAUCCCGGGAAUUCGGCUUCCAGGGAAUGCAUUAUGACUUUGCAUGCGACUUGCAUGGGGAACCGAUCUACACGCUUGCGCCGCGAUACACUCGAUUUCCCAAGGGCGUGCCUCUGGAAAUCCCCCCGCCGCUGUCUUCGUGGAGCCAAGUGUUCCAUACCCUCCCUCGAAUUCGUUUCACGGGCAUCUACAUUAGCACCGUCAACUACACUCGGCCUGGUGUUGCAUCUGCUUACUCGAAUCUGUCCUGGAACAGUCCUAUCCAUAUUGUUACUUACUACCGCUACCUACGUUUCUACCCAGAUGGCUCAGUGAUCUCGCUGCUCACUUCCACGGAGCCAGUCGACGUAGUCCCUCACAUCAGCAAAGAGAAUGUGGCAGCUGCUCGCGCCCCAGCACACCGAAAGCAUCAACGGCGUGUGUCUGAUGCAGGUCAUACACUUUCGGGAGCCACCGAUACUGUACCGCCUGUCGCCAUGAAUACAUUGAGACAUGGACUUCGGGGUCGCUGGCAUUUGGCCUCGCCUGUGGACACAUCUAAAUCAUCCGAAACCCCUGCCGAAGCCUGGAAUCCUGACUCAAUGUCUGAUGAGAAAUCUCUCCUUUCCGACGAACGGGAUCUCAUCAUUGAAACAGAGGGCGUUGAUCCCAAGUACGUUUACACGAUGCAUCUAUCACUGCGUUCCUCAACGGUACCGAAAUCUGCUCAACUCGGACUGGCUCCUCCCAACCCGUCGAAGAACACCAAACUAGCCUGGAAGGGUUUCUGGAGUUAUAACAGCCUGACAGAUGACUGGGGCGAGUUUGGUCUUCGUAAUUACCGAGCAUUCGUGUUCCGGCGCGUACGUGGCUGGGGCCUUGACUGA